CGUGUGUUGUUGUAAAGAUGGUCUGGGUAACGUUAUCUUAUGUGACAUUAUUCGUUACAAAUAACUUUCUUCUUUCUUUACCGUCGAACUUUUAAAAAAGAAGCACAACAUGUUACAUGACGAGCCCUCAAAUGAGAAUGAAUGGGCUCAAAGAUAUUUACCAAGACAUACCGCCGGUGACCCUGCGUCUGGCAGAAGACAGGGUCACAUCCCACCUUUACUGCAGCUCAACAGAGGGGAUGGAGGCCAGGGUAUCAAGCCUUGUGGAGGCCUUCCUAGUAGAGGUGUAUCGUUGUAGGGUAUGCAAAUUUACUAGCAGCAUUAAAGCCAGUAUCAGCACCCAUGUGGCUGAAACACAUGAUUUAAGUUCCCUGACGUGUCUGGAGAAAGACAAUAGUGAAAGUGCAGAUGUUGGGUUAGAGGUUGAAGAGAGUGAGGUUUUGAAUCAAAACGAUACCCCUUAUGACCUGGAUGGUGAGCUGCACUCCAAAGAUGGCGAAGACCACAUGGACCAUAUCGGACUAGAGCGCAUGUCCUUCUUACUGCCUAUGUAUGGGAUGCUUCAGAACAUAAGUCCUCAGUCCUGUGAAAUGGGCCUCAGCUCUAACUCAGAGAGCAGUCUCCACGUGGAGGAGACUUGUGAGGUAAAUACUUUAUUCGCAGAGAAUGGAAACGGUGAGGACAGUGAAGAAGAGUCUGUGUUCCAGCUCCGUGACUCCAGGACGGACUUGCCAAAUGCUCUGUCCUGUCGAUUGGACUCGGACGUUGAUGACGAGGAGAUGGCCCAGUCAGCACACUUGAUGACCCUGGGCUUAUGCCGCAUCUCCAGCAACAAGGUCCACCAACAGUCCAGCAUUCCUGACAGUAAGCCUGCCUCUGGCACACAGGACCCUGGGGACUUCAUAGAGGACAAACAAACUAGCCUGUCCGUUCCAGAGACACUUCAGCAAAUUGAGGAGGACGGAAGCAUGUCCUGUAUUCUCUGUCACGUGGUGGUGUCGAACCGGAGUCUGCUGGACGUGCAUCUCAAGUGCCACAAUGGACCACAGGAGUUCAGGUGUCCUCGCUGCGGUGUGGAGGCCCAGGAGUGGACGGACAUGGAGUGCCACUGGCGGGGUCACAGUAAGAGGAGGGGUGCCAGGCCGCACAGGUGCACGGUGUGCCAUAAGACGUUUCAGUGCAAGGAUGCACGGCGUGCUCAUGAGCAGAAGCAUAAACGCCGGAAGCAAGCACAAACUCAGCCUCGGACAGUGUUGUUACAGUGCCCCUCCUGUGACGAAUGGUGCCAGUCUACGUCGGAGUUUGAGUUACACAAACGCUCUCAUUGCCAGGGAGGGUUCAAAUGUCCACAGUGUGAUUUCCUCGAAAACUCUUGGAAAAAGGUUCACCGACAUAUUCAGACAAAACACAAAUAUCUGGAAAAAAGGAAGAAAAAAUGCCAAGAACUCCACAACCACUUGAAUGAGAAUUCACAAAAGCCAAAGAUGUUUGAGCCAGACACAUGGUAUCAGCCAGUGAAGAAGAGAACAAAGCAAAUGACUACUGAGAAGGAGAGGGAAGGCCAGAGUAAUGGGCAUCCGCAGGAGCAGACUCUACGCCUUAAGAAGAACACAGGAGGGCAUCCGCAGGAGCAGACUCUACGCCUUAAGAAGAACACAGGAGGGAGGAAGGAAUUCUGCUGCACCCUUUGUGACAGGAAGUUCUCCACGAAGAUGACCAUGCGUCGCCACAUGGGCAUCCACCAAGGAGACAAGCCCUUUGAGUGCCCGCACUGUGAUUACUGCACCCGACUUAAAGCCUCCCUUGAACAGCACCUCCGGGUUCACACAGGUGAGAAGCCCUUCAAAUGCACCCAGUGUUCAUACGCGUCUAUCGACCGAAGCUCCCUCCGCAGACAUUUGCGCACACACACUCAGGAGAAACCCUACUGCUGCCAGUACUGCUCAUACAGCAGCAUCCAAAAGAAAAGCCUGGACCUGCACCUGCGGCGCCACCACACAGGAGAGUCCUUCCCUUGUCACCUGUGCAAGUACACCACUCCGGACAGGCAGCUGUUGGUCCGCCACGUACGCAAGCACCACAGCUCCGAGAACUCUCCUCUGCUGAGCCAGAAGACUGCCUCCGCGUGCCCAGUGCCCAGCCGCAAUGCAACAAAGCCCGCUGACUGAGUAGACCCCGGCAACCACAGAAAUAGCCUCUGUAAUCUAUUUCUGUGGUAUGAGUAAUGAAACAAGACUGUUAGUGACAUGAUAUACCACACCUAAACAUAUGACAGGAGACCGUCUGAUUUCUUUUAAUUAAAUCUUGAACUUACACGUUAUACCUUAUAUAUAUACGUUUUCCAAAAGUCACACAGAUCAAGCUCACUUUGGGGACGUUUUCCUUUUAACUGUUUUAUAAUGGAUCAUUGUAACAAUGAUAAUGGACCCAUUCAAAGGUCCUUCUGGUCUUAAUUUAUGUUUCAGACAUAAAAAACACCCACUUGUGGCUUUCCUGUAAACACAAAAUAAAACAAACAACUUUA